AUGGACAGCAUGAGUACAGAAAAGAGCCAAAAUAGCAUUGUUUCAAGGAUCAAAGUUUUUGAAUCCCAAGGAACUAAUGAUACCUCAGGAUUAUCAAAAAAGCCAGAAAUUGCCCCUCGUUCAUUCCCCCCAAGACCUGUUACUGCAAAGAAGCCAGUAGUAGCUCCAAAGCCAGGGGUAUGCAGAAUUUCAGGAGACUGGGAUGCAUGGACAGAAAGCAAAUCAACGCCUUCCCAGGAAUUGCAGCCUCAACCCGAAGUAGCUGGGAGCAGUAUUGUAACCAAACCUGAACUGCCAAAGAAGCCAAAACCUGGCCUUGUUAAAAGUAGUAGUAGUGAUUUUCUUGAUGCAAGGAGUGGAUCAGUUGCAGAGAACAGUGAUGGACAGAAGAAAUUUCCUGUUCCUGCUCCAAGGCCUCUAGUUCCUAAAAAGUCACAUUAUGCAGAAAAUCCUGCCCUUUCUUUGGCCCCACUGAAACCGAUUGUUGCUCCACCACGGGCCCAAGAAAAAGUUUUCAAGUCUCUGGGGGAAUUGUCGCCUGCAGCCAAUUCCUCAGCACCUGCUUUGCAAAACAAACUAGAUGCGGAAGGAGAUCUGAUCAGUUUUGAUGAUGAUGUUUUGCCCCUAAGUCCACUUUGUGGAGUUAAAGAUAACAUCGGUUCUGAAGCAGCAGCAGAUCCAUUUCAGUUCCUCACCAAAAGUGAACCUGCAAAGGAACAGACAGCUCAACCAGCUUUAGCCCGGAAACCCACUGUGAUCCGAAUCCCAGCUAAAGCCGGGAAAUCUUCAAAUGAAGUCCCACAUAGCCCUCCACCACUUCCUGCUGAAAAGCCUGUUGGGAACACCUCUGAUAUCAUAGUGGGAAAACACAUCAGCGGUGACCUAGUAAAAAAAGUGGAGUCAGAUCGUUCAGAACAGGGUGGAGUACCUCAGCUAGAACCUGUACUACCCCCACGGCCCCUGGAAGGAAAAAUUAUACCUGCUCGACCUCCCCCACCCAAAGGUGUUCCUGGAAGGCCGCCUCCACCAAAACUCUCUGCAGCCAAGACCUCCUCGCAGAAGGAUGCUCUCUCACGAUCUCCUUCUGACAUCGCUCCUGAUAAAAAACCUGGCAAGUUCAGAUUGGGACCCAAGAGAUCAAAAAGUCAAGUGUUUAAAAAUGCAGAUCCAGCAUUACCUCCUAGACCUAAACCAGGUCAUCCUCUCUACAAUAAAUACAUGCUUCCAGUGCCUCAUGGAGUUGCCAAGGAAGAUUGUCAUCCGAGGAACACUGGAGAACUGUCCUGUAAGGAUUCAAACCACCCUCCAAAAGUUUCUGACACAAGUGCACCUUAUGCUGUAGUCCUGCAUGACUUUCCUGCAGAGCAUGCUGAUGACUUGGACCUUCAUUCUGGAGACACCGUUUGUCUUUUGGAGAAAAUUGAUGCCGAGUGGUACAGAGGAAAAUGUGGGAAUCGCACGGGGAUAUUUCCUGCCAACUUUGUUAAAGUAGUUAUUGAUGUUCCAGAAGAAGGCAACAGGAAAAAAAUACCCAGUUCAUCACAAUGUGUUAAAGGCCCAAGAUGUGUAGCACGAUUUGAAUAUAUUGGAGAUCAGAAAGAUGAGCUCAGUUUUUCAGAAGGUGAAACUAUUAUCCUUAAAGAAUAUGUAAAUGAAGAGUGGGCCAAAGGAGAGCUGAGAGGCACAUCUGGAAUUUUCCCCUUGAACUUUGUGGAAGUAAUUGAAGAUCUGCCUGGAACAGGUACAGGAGCAGCACCGAAGAACAAGGUGGAGGCUGCUUCUUCCCUUCCUGAGAACAACAGAUGCUCAGUAGAGUGGUGUGAAGCGCUUCAUGAUUUUACAGCAGAAACCAAAGAUGAUUUAUCCUUUAAAAAGGGAGACUACAUCCAAAUCCUGGAGCAAGUAGAUCCAGAGUGGUAUAGAGGAAGACUGAAUGAAAAGGAAGGGAUUUUCCCAGCAGUGUUUGUUCAGAUCUGCUCAGCCAGGGUAGAGCUUCUAGGAGGGAAGAAAGGAAAAGCCAAAGCUCUUUAUGAUUUUCAUGGAGAAAAUGAAGAUGAGCUUUCCUUCAAAGCGGGUGAUACAAUAACAGAGCUGGAAUCUGUGGACAAGGACUGGAUGAGUGGAGAGAUACAAGGAAAGUGUGGGAUAUUUCCCAAGAACUUUGUUCAGAUUUUAAAAACACCAUGA